GGUUGCCGUUAGGUUGACCUCUUGACAUGAUUAUAUCCACAUGUAUAUUUUUCAUAGACGAGGGCUAAUGCUUGCUUCCCGAUUGCUUAGAAAGUUAUCUAGAUAUCGACUUUCUCGAAAUAUUGCCACAUCUGAAGUGUGCCGGACUUCGACGAUACUCCGCUUCGGCCAGAAACCUUUGACCGAGUGUCUCACGAGACCGAGUGUCACAGCUGGUGAUCAAACAAGGCAAUUUCGCAGCAACACCGAUAAUACGAUGUCGACACAGAGAGGGUUAUUUCCAGAAAUAGAACCAUUCGAUUCUGGAAAACUCAAAGUAUCGGAAAUACACGACAUUUAUUAUGAACAAAGUGGAAACAACGAUGGAAAUCCUGUUAUAUUCAUUCAUGGAGGCCCCGGUGGUGGCACCUCUUCCCGAGACAGACGAUAUUUUGACCCGAAAGCAUACAGAAUUAUUCUUUUUGACCAGAGAGGAGCUGGAAAGUCUACACCUUCGGCAGAAUUAAGAGAAAACACAACCUGGGACCUUGUCGAGGAUAUAGAGCAUUUGAGAAAACACCUGGGAAUUAAUAAAUGGGUAGUGUUUGGAGGUAGCUGGGGAUCCACGCUGUCUUUAACAUAUGCUGAAACACACCCAGAUCGUGUGAAGGCACUUGUCCUCCGAGGAAUUUUCAAUCUACGCAGGCGGGAAUUGUUAUGGUUUUACCAGGAUGGGGCAAACCAUUUAUUUCCUGAUCAUUGGGAAAGUUACCUGGCUCCUAUACCAGAGGGCGAAAGAGGAGAUCUAAUGGGUGCUUACUAUAGACAUCUGACCAGUGAUGAUGAAGAAAAGCGCAUCAAAGCAGCCAAGGCUUGGAGUAAAUGGGAAAUGGCCACAUCCCGCUUGUUAGUGGAUGAUGACCUAUUAAAGAGAGCUGAGGGAGACAUAUGGUCACAACAGUUCGCCAGGAUUGAAAGUCAUUACUUUGUACAUGGAGGAUGGUUCAAGACCGAUACUCAAAUUUUAGACGAUGUGGAGAAAAUUCGUCACAUUCCAGCGACCAUAAUUCAAGGGCGUUAUGAUGUUGUUUGUCCGAUGGAAACUGCCUGGUUACUUCAUAAGAAAUGGCCAGAAGCUGACUUCCAUGUAAUACCUGAUGCGGGACAUUCCACAAAGGAAGCUGGUGUACUUCAUCAGCUUGUAGAGGCCACGGACAAAUACAAAAACAUGUGACCUAGCUACCAUGAAGCAGCCUACAUGUCCAUAACAUAUGAUAUAUAUAUAUAUAUGUAUAUAUAUUUAUAUAUAGUUACUUUCAAUUGCACAUUUGUUUAUUUUCAUGUAUAUGUUUAUUUAAACAAAUAAUUUGGUCAUUUUGUGAUGUCGAAAUAUCAGCGUCACUCGCCAUUGUGUUUCUGUCAUCUGAACGAGUAUAAUCCUUCAUUUAACUUCAAUGAACAACAAAAUCUCUUUCUCAAAACUUCACACAUCGGUAUCGGGUCUACAUGAAACUAUUAAAACUUCAGAACAAUUUUAA